AUUUUAUGUAUGUAAUUGGGUUACAAUGAUUGGGUCUAUCCUGCAGGGCGGAUUGACUAUUAUCCAGAAUUUUUCUUCUUAAGCUACGUUAAUAUUAUCAUUAUUAUCAAUUAAUCACCAUGUUGCAGCCGCCAUGCGGGAAGAAAUCAAAUCGCUAUAAAGAUACCGAUUAAUUAUUUCUUAGGGAAUCGUAUUGGGAAACAAUUAGUCGGCCUAACGACAUUUUAAACGCUGCUUGAGUGGCCAUAAAAGCGCUCAGAGUUCCUGAAUGCCAAUAAAUUGUCAAAGAAUCGUUUAGGAGCAUGUCUAAGAGGGCGGAAAUCUUCUACACGGGGCAGACGUUUAUUUUCAACAUUUACUCGCUGAUGCCACAAGAACAGCGCUGGAAAAGAAUUCUCCAUGAGAUCAACUACUGGCACGUCAUGGGCUUCUGGGUGCUCCUGUUCGAUCUUCUGCUGGUGCUGCACGUAGUGUCCAACCUGAACAACAUGUUCGAGAUAGUCAGGGCCAUCUUUGUGCUGGCCACGAGCGCCGGACAUACCACCAAGCUGAUAUCCGUCAAGAUGAAUAAUGUGGCGCUCCAGCAGCUGUUCGACCGCCUGGACGAUGAGGACUUCCGUCCGGAGGGACCUGAGGAGCGGGCCAUAUUUGCGGCAGCCUGCGAGACGACCCGCAAAACGCGAGACUACUACGCGGCGCUGUCAUUUGCGGCCCUCGCAAUGAUACUGAUCCCACAGUUCGUGCUCGACUGGUCGCAUCUGCCACUGGGCACCUACAACCCAUUCGAUGACAAUCCGGGCUCGGCCGGAUACUGGCUGUUGUACUGCUACCAGUGCCUGGCGCUCUCGACCUCGUGCCUCACGAACAUUGGCUUCGACUCCUUGUGCUGCUCGCUUUUCAUAUUCGUGAAUUGCCAAUUGGACAUUCUGGCACUGCGCCUGCAGAAGAUCGGCCAAGGUAAGGACAACGACAACGGAAACACUAAGAUGAGCAUUGAUGUGCAACUGAAGCAAUGCAUCCGCUUCCACAUUGCGAUCGUGGAUUUGGCCGAGACUAUAGAGCGUCGGCUCUGCACACCGAUAUCGAUGCAGAUCUUCUGCUCGGUACUGGUGCUGACAGCCAACUUCUAUGCCAUAGCCUUGUUGUCCGAUGAGAAGCUGGCCUUGUUCAAGUUCGUAACCUACCAGGCCUGCAUGCUGAUGCAGAUCUUCAUGCUGUGCUAUUUUGCGGGCGAGGUCACCCACUGCAGUGCCGAGCUGCCCCAUCGGCUCUACAAUACCAAUUGGGUGGACUGGAGUCGCUCCGAUCGCCGGAAUGCAUUGCUCUUCAUGCAACGUCUCCACUACGAGCUGAGGAUAAGGACCAUAAGCCCCAGUCGUGCCUUCGACCUGGCGCUCUUCAGCUCGAUUGUGAACUGUUCCUACAGCUACUUUGCCCUGCUGAAGCGCGUUAACAGUUAGAAUCUGAUUGUUAUCAAUGGAUUACCUAAAAAUAAAUUCAAAUAUUACCGGGCAACCAUCAAGAUUUCAAUCCUCCCUGCAGCAAUAUGGUCACACUAGUAGCUGGCAAAAAAAACUAGAAAAGUAUUUUUAUCGCUUAUCGAUUUAGCAAAGCACGCAAUUAAAUUAAAUAAAGAAAUGCAGUAAAUUACGCGCAGAAAAUUGUAUUCUCGGGCAAA